CCUCUCUCUCUCUCUCUCUCUCUCUCUUCGGAGAGGGAGGAGGAGGUGAUAAAGGCCGGGGCUCCUGGGGAGCGUGGCCGAGAGUCCGAGGCGCCGCUGGAGCGGAGGAGGAGGAGGAGGGCCUGGGUUCGAGUGCUGCCGGCUGCUUCUCGGGCGCAGGAUGGCGGCUGCGGGGCUGCGGGGCCCCUUGCCCUGGGAGCCCCUUGGCCUGGCCGCCCUGCCGCCCUCGGCCCCGGCGGGGCUCCCGGCUGCUCCCGCUGCUUCGGCCUCGGAGAAAGGCGGCGCGGCGGCGGAGGGCCGGAUCCGGAGGCCGAUGAACGCCUUCAUGGUCUGGGCCAAGGACGAGAGGAAGCGCCUGGCCCUCCAGAACCCGGACCUCCACAACGCCGAGCUCAGCAAGAUGCUCGGCAAAUCCUGGAAGUCCUUAACCCCAUCACAGAAGAGGCCCUAUGUCGAAGAGGCAGAGAGGUUGAGGGUUCAACACAUACAGGACUACCCCACCUACAAAUAUCGCCCUAGAAGGAAGAAACAGGUGAAACGGAUCUGCAAGCGGGUAGAUCCAGGAUUCAUCUUGGGAAACCUUUCCAGAGAUCAAGACCACAUGCUAGAAAAGAGGACAUGUGGCAGGGCAGCAGGUGAGAAAGACGGACAGCCCGAAUACUCUCCUGCUUCCAUGCUUGGGAGAUACCGGGAGGCGCCAGGCAGCAGUACCAACAACCUUGGUACCCACAUGGACAGUUAUCCAUAUGGGUUGCCAACACCACCUGAGAUGUCCCCAUUGGAUGUCAUCGACCCGGAUCAAAGUUUCUUCUCCAGCCCUUGCCCGGAAGAUCCUCACCGCCACCAGAUGCCCGGAGCCCCUUACUCUCUGGAAUACAACCACAGCCCCCUCCAGUGUAACCAGCCUCUGAGCCACAUGGCAGUUGCUCAGGCCCCUUCCUCCAUCCAUCCCUCACCGUCUAGUUGUCCCGGAGCUCCACCUUUGGGAAAUUAUUACCCCCCAGUUUUCCAUCCCACUCUCCAUGCUCCCAACCUCCAGUCCCACCUCGGCCAACUCUCUCCUCCUCCUGAGCACCAGAACUUCGACACUCUCGACCCUUUGAGCCAAGCCGACCUACUGGAGGAAAUGGAUCGCGAUGAGUUCGACCAGUAUCUCAACACCCCAGGACUUCAGGAGCCUAGUGGGCUGGUAAUCAGUGGACAUGUCCAGGUGUCACAAGUGGCCAGUGGGUCACAAGCCAUCGCUUCUGCCUCUUCCUCCUCUGAGGCCAGCCUCAUUUCGGUCCUCGCAGAUGCGACGGCCACUUAUUACAACAACUAUGGUGUUUCCUAGGCUGGAAAGAGCCAACUUCAUCCCCAUGGACCAAUUCAGGACAGACUGGGUCAUUUUAUGGGCCAAAAAGAAAAAGGUCUGCGGGCAUCUCCAAUCUCCUCUCUGUUGUCCCUUAUUCUCAGGGUUGCCCUGUCUGGGACUGAAAUUGCUUUGGAGUUGACUCUGGACUAAGUCACCACUAUAAUUUAUCAGUCUACUAUAAUUUAUCAAAUCUCCCAUGGCACCAUACCCUCUCUAAAUGUUGAGUAUCUGGACUUCAGAAUGAGCUUUCUAUCCCGCUGAGAAGGACAAUGCAAGGGUGUUGGGAUGACAUAUUAAAAUCCAGUUUAGCUUUACAUUUGGCCUCAUUAGGGCUUUAAAAUACCUGCGUCCCCCAUGCCAUGGCUACCGGCUGAUCUGUACACUGAAAUAUAUUCAGAUGGGAAAUGAGUAGUUUCCCAUCUUGAAGCUGUAUAAGAUCAAACCUGAAUGGCAGACUUAAGGCCUGGAUCAUUUUGAUUAUUUCCAGCUAGAGUAGAUCCAAUGAACUGUUGGAUAGUCAGUCUACAUAUAGGUAAAUCCCAUUGAUUCAAUGAGUCUACUGUAGCCAGGACAAACAACAGACAUUUUAGGGGAUUGUCUCUGUACUUAAUGCAAUUGCUACAGUUUGAUACUGUAUGGAAUCCUGGGAUGUGUUGUUUGGUCAGUGACUAAGAAUUUUCUGCUAGAAUGCUCUAAUCCAAUGGUUUCUAAUCCUCGCAAGUGGUUUGGAUUUCAGCUUUCGGUUUGGUCAGUGGUCGAGGAUUCUGGGAGCUGGUUCAAAACAUAUAGGAUCACCACUGUUCUGGUGCCUAUCUACAGAGAGUUCCAAGUUCCCCAUCAAACUAGAAAUCCCAGGACUCUGUAAGGUAGAUCUGUGACAGUUAAAGUGAUAUGAACACUAUACAUCUGUUCAGUGCAUUUACUCUGAGCAGUCUCCUCCUUAACUUCAACUGGUCAAAUCAACAGUAAAGGGAGCUGUCCAAGGUGCUCAACUCUAUCCCCAGAACAGGUUCAUCAUUUUUGGGGUAGUUUGUUUAAAGUUUGGAAUAAAACCUGGAGCAGAUUCACUGUCCUCUUUCUCCUCCUUGCCUAGUUGUUGUGCUCUGAAAAAACAAGAAAAAACAUCUUCCAAUCUGAAUUCUUUCUCCAGGCUAGCUUUGAGUGAGAAUUUCACCUUUUGAUUUAAACAUUAUUUCCCCCACUUUUUGUAAACAUCUUCAUUUAAUUGGUGAAAGUUGUACUGCACUACUAAAAACAACAACAAACCAUAAACCUGGCUCUCAGAGCAUUUCUGUGCAAUGUGAGCAAAAUAUGAACUGUCCAUUUUGAAGCACCUCUGCUUCUGCUUUCACAGGCGCUGUGAAAAACUCAUCUCCAGGCUGUCAAAAGAUUAAAAAAUAAGUGUACAGCUGGUAGCUCUUGUAAUAGUCACAGAAAUCCCUGGCAGACUUGAAUGUAUGUCAAUAACUUGCAACAGAGCUGCAAUUUCCUCUUCUCGGUGUGCGUUUGUUAUCGCCUCCACUGUUGUGGGUGCGGUUGUAUUUGGUGUGCUGUUUGUACCUCCUUGAUUUUCCUGUCGGAAACUUGGAGAGAGGAGAAAGCCCAGGAGGAGAUGCAGAUGGCUCCUUGGAAACCUCUGCCUGCGCUUUCACAAGUGCUGUGAAAAACUCAUCUCCCGGGUGUCAAAAGAUUGAUGAGAUGCAGGGCAUCCAGAAUCAGGCCUUGCAACAUUUUUGUACUUAACUUUUACAGCAAUGUAAAGAAGAGGAAUUGGAUCAAAGCAUCACCGGAUCAGAUUGUUUCUCUGAUCUAAAUUAUGCCUCCUCCAGCAAAACUGUGGAGCUAAAUGGAAGCUUCCAAGAGGAAGGUGAUAUAGAAGUGGGGAAAGUGUUCAAAGACCCUAUCACUAAAAGGUCCCCAAACUUGAAGCUUUUGGACAUCAACUCCCAGGUUUCCUAGCCAUUGGCCAUGGUGGUUAGGGCUUCUGGAGAUUGACAUCCAAAAGAUCCAUUCCCAGUGUCAGUGCUUCAGUCCAGUUUAUUUCCCUUGGCAUUGCAACUGCUCUUAACUUCAGAUCUGAGUCUGCAUCGAUACUGCAGAAUUAAUGGAGUUGAUUAAUAAGUAAUAUCUCUUCCAUGUUGCUUUCUUCCCUGUCCAGCUUUCACAACUGUACAUGGAAAUUGGCAGUACUAUGGCAUGGAUGAUCCUGACUUUGGUAUUCAGUGAUAUAUCUUUAUACUUGACGAUCUUAUAUAGUUCCUUCAUGGCUGACAUUUCCAAAUCUAAGGCUGGAUCCACAGUGGAGAAAUAAUGCAGUUUGACACUGCUUUAACCGCCAUGGCUUACUGCUAUGGAAUGCCGGGAUCUGUACUUUUGUGAGCUCUUUAGCCCCCUGUUUCAGAGAACUCCAGUGCCACAACAAACUACAAACCCCAGAAUUCCAUAGGAUGGAGCCAUGGCAAUUUAAGUCAAAUUGUAUAAAUUCUGUAAUGAAAAAACAGCCUAAGAGAAGCCAGUGUGGCUACUGAGUCAACAAAACAUCUUAUGGACCAAUAAUGUGUAGGUUCAUUUACAAAAUGGCUCUUAAAAGAUUCAAGAUUUUUAUAUUUCGGAAACAUAGUUUGUCAAGUCAGCCAUGUAGAAAAAUGGCUUUUAGAAAAAUGAUUCCCUGCAAAAGUGUCUGUUUAUAGGAGGAAGAUGCAUACUUGUCUACAUCAAAGGAGGGCAUUACUGAUCAACAUUUGGCCUUUUUGGUUGCAGUAGACCCAGACUGCUCAGUGAUGGGUUUUGUAUUUCUAAAAUCAUAAUGAAGUUACUAGGCUGGUCAUGCUGUAAUGCCCUUUGCACAGUUAUAGGAAAUGUCUCAGACCAUGACAAUGCCACUUACGAAAACAAAACUCAUUCCUUUAACAUUAUUUUCCUAUGCAGUGCUGAAGCUAAUUGGUUUUUUCAACAGACGAAAGCAUAAGAACGGAAAAGGAGCCCAGAGAUCCUACAGAAAUCCCAUAUACUCCCUUUGCCUUCCCUUGAAGUAAAUAAUACAAUAAUAACAGUAAUGAACAAUUCACCGAAGCUCUUGUGAGAACCAAAAUAUGCUGUCUGGAGCAAUUGCCUCACCCCUGACUGUUAAAUUAAACUCUUAAUCUGUUAAGCAUAGUCUGAACCCAGGACUUCUGAGCAGCUGCAUCUACACUGCAGAAUUAAUACCGUUUAACACUGCUUUAAUUGCCAUGGCGUACGUCUAUGGAAUACUAGGAUUUGUAGGUUUGUGAGAUAUUCAGCCUUCCCUGCCAGAGAGCUCUGGCACCACAACAAACUACAAAUCCCAGAAUUCUGUAGGAUGGCCCCAUGACAGUUAAAAGUGGUGUCAAACUUCAUUAAUCUGGAGAACUGGUCACAGGGCCUUGGGCAGUCCUCCUCCCAAAUCUGAUUAUCCCAGGUCCUGAGAUUUCAGUACCAAAAUCUGUGGCCUAGGAAUGAUUUCUUGUGUCACAGAAGCCAGAAAAGCCAUUGGUGAAAUAAUUAAACAUGAUACACUAAAUACAAUGGGCCCUUGGUUUGGUUCCAGGAUCCCUCGUGGAUACCAAAAUCCAUGGAUGCUCAAGUCCCAUGAAAUACAAGGGUGUGGUAAAAUGGAGUGCCUUAUAUAAAAUGUCAGCAUCAAAGUUUGCUUUGCUUUUGGAUCCAUGGAUAACGAAUCUGCUGAUAUGGAAGGCUGACUGUAUUAACCACAGUUGCACAGAGUACGGCCGCUGAAAUUUAAAAAUAACACACAGAUCAAAUCUGGUAGCUUAAGCAUUAGCCACAAUUGCACAGGGGAGGCCAUUGACAUUUUUAAAACGCACACACACCAAGUCCCAUGAAUGAGAAAGACACUCACACCACUUUUUAAUGGCAGCUCUUUUGACUCCAGAUUUCUUCUCCUUGUCCUGAGGUUUGGUUUGGAGAACAUCCAGGCUCUGAGAUUGGGCACUCCUAUAUUUCAGUGCCAUGUUUUAUUCCAAUUGUGCAUGGGUGCGGCAUUCUCUGUGUUGCAAAAUAUCAUAUAUCAAAAUAUCCUGGCCAGACUCAGAAUUCAAAGAUAUAGCCGUGUUAGUCUGUAGAAUCAGUAUAUAGAGAGAUCUUGUAGGGCCUUUGAGACUAAGUGAAAGAAAGAAGUUGGCAACAUGAGCUUUCCUAGACUUCAGUCUACUUCCAUCUGAGCAAGUAGGCUUAAGUCUAUGAAAGCUCAUGCUGCCAACUUCUUUCUUUCACUUAGUCUCAAAGAUACUACACAAUCUUUCUGGCCAUACUCAGUUGUCUAGCAGUCCUUUGUGGAAGUGGGUUGUAAGUUGAGACAUCUAGUUCUUCUGUGGAACACAACUAGGGUUGCCAGGGUGAAAACUGGAGAAGGCUCCUGUACCUUUAAUGGUUGUAUAGAAGAGGUCAUUUUGGCAGGUGUUGCUUAUCACACAACCAGGUAACAUCAUCUGCUGAAAUGUCCUUUUCCACUCAAGGUUUAAAGAUACAGGAGCCACUAGGUCCAGCUUUGAUUUUGGAAGCACUGAAUUCGAAUCACAGAGCUAUGCCUUCUGUCUCUGACCUUUCCCAUAUGUCAUGGGGCAGGAAGCUGAGGGCCUUCAACCGAUUGUCCAAACUGGAGUAAACCCUCUUGAAUCAAUAGGAUUUACACUUGGGUCAAGAACCCAUUUUUGUUCCUCUGCCAUGCUGGCUGGAAAAGCCUUUUUUGGCCUUAAAACCAUGGCAAAAAAACAUGCCGCCUUUCAUUCCCAUUUUGGGGCAUAUUCAUGGACAGUGUUUUUUGGAUUAUGCACCCCUUGGAGGUAUCCUGGGUACAAAUGUGACCUAAAAGCCUCCAGCAGUUGAUCAUCCCUGGUCUAAAAGUAUCUUGUGAAGUUUUAGGAGUUGGAAAGAUUUCUUCCUGCCAUUCCAGGACUGGUUUUUUGGCGUCUCCUUCCCACAAAAAGGACUAGAGCCUUGCAUGUGUGAAGGUACACAAUUUACAGCCAUGUCUUUAAAAAUCUGACCUAAAAUGUGGCAAAAUAAGAUUAUACGAGCAUUACAAGAAUGUUGAUGCAUCAUUUUCUUUUUUCAGAUAGAGAAUGCCAGUUGAAAGCUCUGAGUACUGUGGCACUGAACAAUUCAUUUGGUUUGGGGUGCUUGUGAUUUUUCCCACCACACUAUGGAAGAGGCAGCACAGAAUUCUGCCCAUGCUCAGACACACUGUUGAUCGGUCCACAUGUACCCUUUUGCUGGUACCAAAUACACCUUGAUAUCCACUGGGGUUUGGUUCCAGGACCUCCCCAUGGAUACCAAAAUUCAGAGAUUCUCAAGUCCCAUUAUAUGCAAUGGUAUAGUAAAGUGAUGUCCCUUGUAUAAAAUAACAAAUCCGUGGAUACAGACUGCACAAUGUCUGGAGAGAUCUUUGUUGGAAAGAAUACAUACCAUGAGUGCUUCAUUUAUAAUAAACCAUCCUGGAAGAAAGAUACUUCAAUAUUUAGACAUCGAAAGUCCUCCCCUCUUUUUCCAUAUUGGUCUUUUUCUGCCCAAAACAAUAUUGUACAUAUCUGUAUACUUUUCAGACCGUUUCCUGACCCAUCUCACCUUUUGUAUGGCUAGAAUGUCUUGUCUGGAGAGAAAUGGACUCUGUGUCUUUGUUAAUCAGCUAUUUAACAGAGUCUGUCUUAAUGUAAUGAUUAGUUAGCCGGUUUCUAUAAUUCUGUUUUUGGUUUUGUUUGUUUUUCUACUUUUGUUCUUGGAGUGUGUGCUUUAAUAUCCCAAUAAAGCUUUUAUAUCUAUGAAAACCAAAAUAAAUAAAUAAAACAUAAGAAA